CAUGCACCUCCAAUUAUGACCCCAAAACCAUCCUCUAGGCCUCAGAGCCCCCAAAUCUCAGAAUCAGACGAAACACCUCUCCUCUCUCGCAGCCCCUCACCACAAUCCCCUCCACCCCCAAAACCACCCGUAUCAUGGUCCUCCCUCCCAAACAAAGGCCAACUCGCCGUGAUCCUCCUCGCGCGUCUCGCAGAACCCCUCAGCGAGCGCUCCCUGGCUUCAUAUCUCUUCUUUCAGCUCCAAUGGUUCAAUCCCGAUAUUGAUCCUUCGGAAAUUCCGAAGCAGAUGGGUUAUAUCACUGCUACAUUUGCUGCGGCUCAGUGUCUUACGUCUAUGUGGUGGGGGAGAGCGGCUGACCAUCCGAGACUGGGGAGGAAGAGGGUUUUGUUGAUUGGACUUGGGGGCUCGUCUUUGUCGGCGCUGGGGAUGGGCUUUUCAAGAUCGCUUGGCGGGGCGUUCUUCUUUCGCUUUUGUGCGGGUGCGUUGAAUGGGAAUAUCGGGGUUUUGAGGACGAUGGUUUCUGAAAUUGUUCCCGAGAAGCGGCAUAAAACGCGAGCCUUUCUCCUAUUGCCGAUGUGCUUCAACGUCGGAGUCAUCAUCGGACCUCUGUUGACAGGUUUCAUGGCUGAUCCCGUUCACACUCUUCCUCGCAUCUUUGGCCCAGGUUCUCUAUUUGGUGGAGAGAAGGGCGUGCAAUGGCUCGAAAAGUUCCCCUACUCACUUCCAAACCUCUUCUGCUUCUCGAUCUUGAUGUCAGCGUUCUUUCUGGUCAUUCUUGGCCUCGAUGAAACGCAUUCGCAUCUCCGACAUCGACCGGAUCCUGGACGUAGACUCGGAAAACUUCUUCUACGAAUCAUCCUUCGACGGAAGAAGAAUGAGCAUCUUUACAGCGCUAUCAAUAUUGAGGAUCCGUCUGAGGAGUUGAUGGAUCAUGAUGCCGACCAAGAAUCCGGGGAAAGUUCAAGACCAGCUAAAGCAUACAGCAAGACUCGUCCUCCGUUCCGAGAUGUGUUGACAAAGAACGUCUGUCUCAACAUGCUACAGCGCUUUCUACAAUCACUUCACGUCUCGGCAUUCAACUCCAUCUUAUUCAGUCUUUUGCCCACUCCUAAAGCAGACUCUACAGAUUUCCAUCUACCUUUCCGCUUCACCGGUGGUCUAGGCUUGUCAAGCGAGAGAAUGGGCUUAGCCAACACAAUCAUCGGGACCAUCGGCAUCCCGCUUCAACUCUUUAUAUACCCCAGACUCAUCGGCAAACUGGGCGUAAAGGCUUCAUACAGUGCUUUUCUUCCACUGAGCAUUAUUGCAUACUUCCUCCUCCCAUACCUGGUUCUUCUGCCAGAUAAUAAUGCUCUGGUAUGGACCUGCCUAUCUGCAGUUCUGAGUCUACAGGUACUGUCUCGAACGUUUGUGAACCCUGCUACUAUGAUGCUUGUCAAUGACUCGGCGCCAAGUCCAAAUUUGUUGGGCACGGUUCAUGGUUUGGCAUCGAGUAUUUCGAGUGCUGCUCGGAUUCUGGGACCUACGGUUGGUGGAACGUUGCUUGGAUGGGGUCUUGCUCAUAAUCUUGUGGGAUUGCCUUUAUGGGUGUUGACGAUUUUGGCAUUGGCAAACUGGGUUAUCCUGUGGUGGAUUGAUGAUGUGAACAUGUCUGAAUGAGGUGCAUGUAGACCGAUUGGUGAUGAGGUCAGGGUUUGAAUUCAC